CUUGACUUUCUUGACGGCUACGUUGCGCGGCGCACGGCACGAGUUUUUAACGCGACUAUAUUAACAAUAAACCGCACUCAAAAUGGCAUUCGGUGAUGUAAAGACUCCCCAAGGGCUGAAGGAGCUGAACAACUACUUGGCUGAUAACAGCUACAUUAGCGGCUACACACCCAGCAAGGCCGAUGUGUCCGUGUUCGAUUCUUUGGGAAAGGCACCAGCAGGAGAUUUUCCACACGUUGCACGCUGGUAUCGCCAGAUUGCUUCGUAUGAGCCCAAAGAGCGCAGCGUAUGGCCUGGCGCUCCACUGCCACAAUUGGCCGGUGGCAAGCCCACAGUUGCCGCUGCCGCGAAGCCAGCUGCCGAUGAUGACGAUGAUGUUGAUUUGUUCGGCUCGGAUGAGGAGGAAGACGCUGAGGCGGAGCGUAUCCGUGAGGAACGUCUCGCCGCCUACGCUGCCAAGAAAUCCAAGAAACCUGCCCUGAUUGCCAAGUCAUCGGUGUUGCUCGAUGUCAAGCCCUGGGAUGAUGAGACCGACAUGAAGGAAAUGGAAAAUAAUGUCCGUACCAUUGAAAUGGAUGGUCUGUUGUGGGGAGCAUCCAAGCUGGUGCCUGUUGGCUAUGGUAUCAACAAGUUGCAGAUCAUGUGCGUCAUUGAGGAUGACAAAGUUUCCAUUGACUUGCUCCAGGAAAAGAUUGAGGAGUUUGAAGACUUUGUUCAAUCCGUCGAUAUUGCUGCCUUCAACAAAAUCUAAACUAAAAUCGAACAACUAGAUUUUAUAACGCCAGUAACCAUUUUCAAUAAACUCAUGUAAAGCAGUACGCA